AUGCUGUCAGCUGACAAAGAGGACGAUCGAUCUUCUAAUGACACAGAAGAUGGUGACGAUAUGUACAUGGUGGAAUUUCGAGAUGACUUGGAGUCGGGUGAUGAAUUGUUCUCAAGAGGUGGUUAUGUGACUCCACCGGUGGAGAUACCGGAGAUGUACCAAAGGCAAGACCGUUUUGGCGGCAUCACCGUAGCAGGAGCUCGCGUGGUGUUCACUUAUGCAGGUUUUAAGCGCCAGCAAGUGAUACGAGUUAAGCUUCAAACAAUUUUUGAAGGUGAAUAA